CUGUCUGUGGUCACAGUCCACUGAGGCUUCCAGUCUGCCAACAUGGCUCGCUGGACUCUACUUCACUUUUUAUUUUUCUUGCUUCUCUGCAGCUCCAGAGCCAUAGUUCAUACUUCAAAAAGGUUCACUAUGCUGGCUCCAAACAUGCUGAGGACAGACAGCACGGAGAACAUCUACCUCCAGGCAAAAGGUCUGUCCACUUCCAUCACUGCCUCCAUCUCUAUCAUGGACUUCAGCAAGUCCACAAUGCUCCUGCAGGACUCUGUGAUGCUCAAUCUGGAGAAUGGAUUCAACACUCUCAAGUCUAUACAGGUUCCCUCAGAUCAUUUGAAGCGCAAGAAGUGGGGGAACACGUAUGUGUAUCUGAAGGUGGAUUUUGGGGACUACCACUCGAUGGAGGAGAUACUGAUGGUGUCCUUUCACUCUGGAUACAUCUUCAUCCAGACAGAAAAACCCAUCUAUAGACCCGGAGAUACUGUUCGAUUCAGAGCGUUCACGUCCUCUCCGUCUUUUAAGGCUUUCAACAGCACCAUCACAAUAUAUCUUAAGAAUCCCGAUGGUGUGGUGGUUAACAAAGUAUCCAAGGUCAAAGCUGUUGAUGGCGUUUUCAAUGAUCAUGUUACUCUCUCUGAAUUUGUCAAUGAAGGAAAAUGGACGGUGUUUGCACACUUUGACCACCGGGAGCAGAACACCUUCUUCUCAGAGUUCCAGGUGAAACAUUAUGUGCUUCCUGCCUUUAAUGUUACUCUGACGCCCAGGAAACCCUUCCUCGACCUGGAUGAUGAUGACCUGGAAGUAGAGAUCUGGGCCAGGUACCUGUAUGGGGAGCCGGUCCAGGGCACGGCCUAUGUUGUGUUUGGAGUGAAGACUGACAAAGAGAUGAGGAGGUUGCCUUCAGUGAAGCAAACCUCAAAUCUGGACGGAGGAGUGGUCAAACUGAGCAUGGAGGAGAUCAAGAGAGCCCAUCCCAACAUCAGAUCUCUGGUGGGCAGCUCUGUCUAUGUGAAGGCCUCAGUGCUCACCAAGUCAGGGAGUGAUUUAGUAGAAGCUGAAAAGACUGGCAUUAAAAUUGUGGAGUCUCCUUACGUCUUAUCCUUCAAAAACCCUCCAAAGUACUUCAAGCCGGGCCUGCCCUUGGACUUCACAAUCCAGGUGAGCCACCAUGACGGCUCUCCAGCCCAACAUGUCCCGGUCAAAUUAACGCUUCUGGACGCACCCCUGGUUGAGCCCACCGGCACCACCAUCAACAUGCCAACAGAUCAAAGCCCACAAACCAUCAGUGCUGAGACCGUGCAGGCUGGACUGAGACCAGAGCAGCAGGCCAAACAACAGAUCACUGUCCAACCGUUCAUUGCCUUUAGAAGAAGUAAACAGAACUACCUGUACAUCUCCACGGGGACCUACACAGUGUCUGUGGGAGACCGACUGUCCAUGAAGCUGAGCAUCACUGUUGCAGACCCGACCCACAGACAACACAUCACACACAUCACCUACAUGGUGCUGAAUAAAGGAAAAAUCAUUGUUGCUGAACGCGUGGAUGUGGCAGGUCAGCUGAUCACCAGCAUCGGACUUCACAUCACCCCGGAGAUGAUGCCCUCUUUCCGUUUCGUGGCGUUCUACAGUAUCCCCUGGGAGGGUGGGGAGGAGGUGGUGCCGGACUCCAUCUGGGUGGAUGUGGAAGUUUCCUGCAUUGGAGGGCUGAAUGUCGGGUCGGUGGAUGGCGUACGACGGGAUUACAGGCCAGGAAAGAACUUUAGUUUCCAGAUCAGAGGUGACCCGGGGGCAAAGGUCAACCUGGUGGCUGUGGACAACGCUGUGUUCCUGCUCAACAGGGACAGACUUACACAGGGGAAGAUUUGGGCAGCGGUGGAGGACAGAGAUUUUGGCUGCAUCCGAGGGGGAGGCCAAAACGCCAUGGCGGUGUUCUCAGGUGCAGGACUGCUUUUUUCCUCCAGCAGCGGGAUCCAAACUGAAACCAGACAGGCCCUAAAGUGUCCAGGCCAUGCCAGAAAGAGGCGCUCUGCUGAAAAGCUGCAGCUGGAGAGUCAUUACAAAGAGAAGCUGCUGCGCCGCUGCUGUAAGGACGGCCUCAGGGAGAUCCCCAUGCCGUACUCCUGUACGCGGCGAUCCCUCUACAUCACCGAGGGCUGGGAGUGCAUGCGGGCUUUCCGCUACUGCUGCGCCACCUACAGGAAAGAGGAGUUUAACACAGAGAUUCCCACCACGCCACCACCCUUUACAACACCUCCGCCCACUACCCCACCUCCACCCACUCCAUCAUGCCUUUUUUCGGAUGUUGGAGAAAUAACGUUUUGUUAUAUGGAACCUCAGUUAAGAGCUGCAGGGAAUGCUAUUAUAGCGUUACCAGGAAGACUAGGACUGGAAGAGGAGGAGGAGGAGGAGGAGGAGGAGGAGGAGGAGUAUCAGGAUGAGACUGAAGUUAAUCUACGAUCCAACUUCUACGAGUCUUGGCUGUGGAUGGAUGUAAACCUGCCGACCCAGGCAGACGGAGACGGGUUGGCAUCUAAAAAUGUCGAGCACCCUUUACCUGACAGCAUCACAGAGUGGGGGGUUCUGGCUGUCAGUGCCUCACGUCAAACAGGAUUCUGUGUAGCAAAGCCUUUCAACGUCAAAGCAUGGAAACCUCUCUUCGUGGAUCUGAAGCUGCCGUAUUCAGUGGCGAGGAACGAACAGAUCGAGAUCAAGGCUGUGGUCCAUAACUACGCCUACGAUGAGCUGCAUGUGAGGGUGGUGCUGAUGAAGACAGAAGGCAUGUGCAGCAUAGCCUUUAAAAGGAGACACACACAGGAAGUGACUCUGGCGGCCGGAGCUUCUGUUGCGCUCCCUUACACCAUCGUACCGCUGGUGGUGGGGAAACUCCCUCUGGAGGUCUUGGUGCUAGCCAGAGACGCGAUGGGAGGAGACCGCAUCCGGAAACUUCUAAAUGUGGUGGUGGAUGGAGUGCAGAAGACUGAAGUGUGGAGUGUGGUGUUGAACCCGUCAGGGGGAAAUCAGACAGUUAAUGUGCCUAUGGCCAACCUCAAAUCUGUUGUGCCAAACUCUGUACCAGAGACGUUCAUCAAUGUCAGAGGCAAUGUGUUGGCAGACAGCAUUGAUAACUCCAUCAGCGAGGACUCUCUGGCCUCCCUGAUCCGGAUGCCCGGCGGCUGUGUGGAGCAGAACUUGGCCAGCAUCACUCUGCCGCUCAUCGCCACCCUCUACCUGGAGACCACCAACAACUGGGAGAGUGUUGGGGUGCAGCGCAAGGCCGAGGCUCUCCGCUACAUCAGGAGAGGCUAUGAGAACCAGCUGGCAUUCAGAAGGACUGAUGGCUCCUACCCCCCUUACAGAAAGAUAGGUGCAAGUACAUGGAUCACGGCGUACACUGUGAAGGUUUUCUCCAUGGCUUACUCCAUCAUUGGCAUCAAGGAAGAGGAUGUGUGCCUCCCCCUGCUCUACCUUAGGAGACACACAUUUGUGGAUUUCAGAGGGACCUUUGUAGAAAACAAUCCGGUUUACACCACCACCAUGACUGGCGGCCUCCGUGGAAAUGACCCUGAGAUAACCUUGACUGCCUUCGUCUUGAUAGCACUCGCUGAGGCCAAGCAAGCCGUGAUCAGCUGCUUUGGUUUUUUUAACACGGAAGUUAUCACUAAGACAGCUGAAUACCUGAAGAGAGCGCUGCUGACAACGGGGAGGAGGCCAUACACUGUGGCCAUCGCCUCCUACGCCUUGGCUCUGCUGGGGAAAGAUCAAAACUACAACCCGACACAAUCUUUACUCAGCGCUGCAGCUCCAGAUGGCAGCCACUGGCCCGACAGUAAGAACACCUUGUUCACCUUGGAGGGGACCGGCUACGCCCUGUUGGCUCUGGUCAAGUUGGGACGCAUGGAGGAAGCUGCAGCGCCGUUUGAAUGGCUGAACAGUCAGCGGAGGAUGGGAGGGGGGUUCGGCUCCACUCAGUCCACCAUGGUGGUGCUGCAGGCUCUGUCCCAGUACCUGAUCCACAAACCUCCUCCUGCUGACCUCAGUCUGGACGUGGACUUGAGGAUAAGAGGACGAAAGGAAAUCCGUUACCAUUUCGACCCCGGGACUGCCUACGCUGCUCGCUCCUCCAGGUUGCCUGCUGGUAUGGAGAUGGAAGUGCAGGCUCGGGGGAAUGGACAGGGAAUACUGGAGGUAGUGACCUAUUACAACCAGCUGCAUGAGGUGGAUGAGAAAAUGCCCUGCAAAGACUUUGAGCUCCAGGUCAACAUAGAAGAAUCCAGCGAGAAACCUCCAGUAGAUGUACAGAAAUCCUACCAGAUCACCAUCAAAGUGAGGGCUUUAGGACCAGAGGAUGUCCGGAUGGUGGUUCUGGAUAUCAGUCUGCCCACCGGCUUCACUCCACAAAACUCCGACCUGGAGAAGUUGUCAAACGCAGUGGACAGUUUCAUCAGUUACUUCAAGAUCGUUGAUAACCUGAAUGACAGGGGCUCUCUGAUCAUCCACCUGUUCAAGGUGUCUCACAAAGAGCCAGAGAUCCUGAUCUUCAGGCUGCAGCAGAGGUUCAAAGUGGGCCUCCUGCAGCCGUCCUCAGUCACCGUCUACGAGUAUUACAACCCAGAUCAUCGCUGCACUCACACCUACACCCCCAGGGAGGACAGAGAGGAGCUCACUCAGAUCUGCCAAGACAACUUCUGCCGCUGCACGCAGGGUGACUGCUGUGCGCUAAAGAGCGACAGUGAAAGCUUCCUGAACAAAGAAAGAGAGACGUUUGCCUGCACGACUCUACACCACGUUUUCCAGGUGAAGGUGCUGAAUGUCACCCAGAGUUACUACGACAAAUACGAGGUGGAGAUCACAAAGGUUAUCAAGCUGGGCGUGGAGUCUGGAGUGGAGGUAGGUCAGAAGAGGGUCUUCAUGUCUCAUGGAGUCUGCAGAGAUAAUCUGAACCUGCAGCAGGGCUCCCAGUACCUCAUCAUGGGGCCCAGAGAGGACCAAUGGAACGUUGACACUGACACCAACAAGUUCAUCUACAUGUUGGCGAAGGACACGUGGGUGGAGCGCUGGCCGACGCCUGCAGAGUGCUCCAGCAGCCUGCAAGCUAAAUGCAAGACCCUCGAAGAUACUGCUUCUGAACUGUCUGUCAACGGCUGCAGGCUGUAGAGCUGUGUGAGAGGCCACUGCACACCUUCACCUGUGCCGCUGUGAUGCAACGACCGAACAUAACUGUACACACCAAGAUGCAUGGAUUAUUUUAGGGGUAAUCAUAUGCAAUGAAGGACAAAACUGUCUUUUUCCCUACUGUAAUGUUAUCAAAGGAACUAGCACAAGCAAACUGUCUCCUCAAGGGUGUUAUAGCUUUUUACAAAUGGAUACCAAAUAGAGAAACUGCCAUAAUGAUUUCUGUAACAUGAGUUGAAACAUGUUGUUGAUAAAGCAGUCCCAGUCCUAGCA